GCCCCUGAGCCGCUCACACACUGGUGCUCCGGUCAUUGACCGCGGGGGGUGUGUCAGUGGACGGAACACUGCGUGUCAUUGUGUUUUGGUCCCUUUUUUUGGUUGAGUGAAUGACACCAGCAUUUGUCGAAACUGUGCUUUACUCUGUGUAGGUUUGUGGAAAACCUAGAUUUCCAAAAUGAAUAAAGAUGCGCAGAUGAGAGCAACCAUUAACCAAAAGCUAAUCGAAACAGGAGAGCGAGAGCGCCUUAAAGAGUUGCUGAGAGCCAAGUUAAUUGAAUGUGGCUGGAAGGAUCAGUUGAAGGCACAUUGCAAAGAUGUCAUUAAAGAAAAAGGAUUAGAACAUGUUACUGUUGAUGAUUUGGUGGCAGAAAUCACUCCCAAAGGCAGAGCUUUGGUACCAGACAGUGUAAAGAAGGAACUCUUGCAAAGAAUAAGAACCUUCCUUGCUCAGCAUGCCAGUCUUUAACUUCGACAUUCAUCUGGGAUACAGUUUCCUGUAUAACGUCAGUCAUGUCAGGAUUGGAAUACAGUUUACAUACUUCAUCAGGAUGAAAAACUAUUAAUUUUUCUUUGCAUUGAUUUCUUAAAGUUGGUGUUAUUUUAAUAAAAAAUUUUGUGGACUCAUGGUUCUAAGGUGGUUCUCUAUCUCAGUGGACUGUAAUGUGCUGUCACCUGUUCCAGUUUGUAAUAAUCCGUGACUUUAUGCAAUUGUAGAACCUUGCAAAGAUUUUCAGAAAAGAAGCACAGUUAACAAGUAUGUUGAGCAGAAAUGCAGAAAGGUGUAAAAAAAGUGUGAAAAAAAAUGGGAUACGCCAUACUGCUGAGCAUAGUUUUUCUGAAUUUCCCAGAGUGAGCAGGACAAAGUUAAAACUAUGUAAAACUGUUGGUGAAAUUCCUUUUGUACUUCUUUUAUAGAGAAUGAGUUGUUUGAAGUCUCUGACAUUGGAUGCAAGUAUUUACUCAGCAAUUAAUAAGAGGUUGAAUUCUUUAAGAAAAAGGCAGUUGUAUCUUUCAUCAGCAAUUCUUUUCACAUUUGCUUUGAGUCACUAUUCUAAUUUUGAACAACUACUGUUUUCUAUCUUUGCCCAUAUUACUGGUUUUUUGGGUUUUUUAUAUGGAUCUUUGGGGCCUUUUUAAAUUAAGUAUAGUUCAGUACUUUGCCACUGUAACAUGAAGCAUUUUUAAUUCUUGUAUCUGGAACUGUAACAUCAACCAGGUCUAUACAUAACUGCAAAAAUAAAUUUGAUUAAUAGAGAGGAUCAAGAAAGAGGCUUUGAAGUGAGAAUGUUUAAUUUUUCCCAUAUUUUAGAAUCAUUUAUAAAAUGAUGCACAAGCAUAAGCAAAACCUGAAUGAGUAAUUGGAUACUGUUGUGACUCGGUGGAGAAAAACUACUGACUCAAAAUAAUAUUCAUACUCCUAAUGAGAAGAAUACUGUAAAAACUCGAAAAGCCGUUCCUCUGCCAGUGGGUUGCGCUGUUCCAUCAUGGCCGCUCGGGGGCGCCCGCGCCCUUCGCACUGGACGGAGGUGGCGGCUUCCCUUCCCUCUCGAGCCCUCGGCCUGCGGGGAGAGCGCUGCGGAGCUGUGGCACGGACACAGCGCCCCCCUCGCUGCCCGCCCCCUGAGACACGCUGUGCUCAGCCCGCAGCAUCACCUGCACGGGGUUGGGCAGAGCCACAGUGGCAGUGCCAGCCUGAGAGGGCUCCAGGGCCGGCUCAGACGGGGAAACAAGUGUUAUGUUUGCCCAAUUAUCCCAUCAAAAAAACCCAAACAAUAUUUAAGAUAGCAACAAUUUUAAUUGAAUAGUUUAGAAAAUAUAUAAAUAAGGGAUAAUUUGGUUCAAAUAAUAGCGCAUAAGUAAAAACAACCACGGGGUACGGAGGUUCUUGACCCUUGCCACUUCACGUACAAGCUUGCCAAGUGAAAGUCACCCCUUAUAUGCCAUGUGUCAAUGCCAUCUCCUCCCAUUUUCGGUUGGUCACUUUUCUGUCUCCGCCUUCAUUACCACCUUUACCACGCAUGCGCCACCACUCGGUUUGGUGGUCGCACAAGUCUUUGGGGGUCGUCACUGAUGAAGGCCCUGUAGUCUUCUUCAUUGUCCUUUAAUUCACCUUUGAGUUACACAUGCGCACCAAGCCAGUACAAUGUAAGCCAAGACUAAGGUAUCACUGCAUCUACAUAUCAAAGCAAUAAGUCCCUUAUAAUUAGCAUUUUCUUGGACCCAACCAGGUUCUUGGUCAUUUUUAGCAACUGUACCUUCAGCUUCUUUCCUGUGGUCCUUGAGAACAUCUGCUGGGAAGGGGGAUGGGUGGAGCCCCUCCUUUCCCUCUCCUCUUUGGCAUUACUAUUUUUAACUUAUUAAUUCCAAAUAUUAGUUACUGUAUCAAUAUGGAGUACAGUUUCAAUUUUUAUCAGUACGAAUCAUACUUAUUUACCACACAAGUCUGGGAGAAAUCUGCCCACCGCCAAAGGUGAAGCUUGGCAGUAAACGGGAGUUGGUAUAAACGGGGCAAUACCAGCACCAACAGGCUGAGAUGUAACUGGUCAUGAACAUCUUUUGUCUACAAGGACCAAGCUCCUGCUAAGACUGUAACAACAUUGGAGCCAAGAUCGUGGAUCUGCUGCAGAUAUUCUGCCUGCACUGUUUUAAAUCUACCUUAAUGUCAGCUAGAAUGUAUUUGCUGUAUGUCAUUGCCUCGAUGCUGUUAAAUAAAUGUGGAGGUCAUAAAGAAAAUAA